AUGGCCGCCGCCGGAGCUGGGGGCGCCACCUCGCGGAGCGCGCCCGCGGGCGGGCCGGGCGCGGCGCGGAGCGGGCGCGGCUGGUCGUUCGGCGGCAGCGUGACUCACGCCGCGACCUCGCGCUCCUGGAGCUCGCGGGCCACCGCCGCGGCGCCCCCGAACACGUUUCGUCUCAUGGAUCGCAGCGCGCCGUUCGGUCAGAGUCAGGGGCGAGUCGCGGUGAGGCGGCUCAAGAAUUCCGAGAUGGAGAGGCUGACAUGGCAGGACCCCUUCCACUCGCUGGUGCACCACAGCACUGUCAAGAUCAUCGCGUUCUUCUGCUUGAGCUACGCAGUCACCCACUUCAUAUUCGCCUGCGUGUAUUUCACGAUCGACGAUAGCUGCGAUCUGCGGAUCAAGUCGCUCCUCGACGCUUUCUAUUCAGAGCCCUAG